UCGACUGGGCUUCCGCGUAUCCAGCUAUCGGAUGCCACGAACAACGAGGCCGUGGUUUUGGAUAAUGACUCAUCCACCACAGACGCAGCUUGGAUCCGCCGAAACAACACAUUUACGGUGAAAAAGAUGCGUCCGACCGGUUCUGAUACUACUCCACCUGAUCAGUCCUGUCCAUUGUCGCGUGCUCCGCAGUUCUCUAACAUCCCUAAUCAUCUAACCUCUACUACGGACACUACAGCGGCAGAGGCUGCUGCGGCUGCGGCAGCCGCCAGUGCAGCAGACGAAGAUUCCGUAGUCUUGCCUCUGGAAGAAUCUGGCGAUCUGCGCGAACCAGAAGACGAUACGCUUCGUAGUGUGACCAUCAAGGAACAGUCAAGUACAGGUCCUCAUAUUACUACCACCUUGGCGACUCCAUACCAGCGGAAAAAUCCGACAUUCUCGUGUCAUCGCCCUCGCACAAAGAACUCUGGAUCUCCGGUGCGCACUGCCGCUGCGCCGACCGCAGCUCCCAAUCCAACAACAGACACUUCACCCGUAGUCCGGGUUGACUCGAACUUCCGAUUUACUGUGGUGGACAUGCUCAACCCAGAAGCACGUCAUCAGUUCUCCAGAAACUGUCCGGAAAGAGCCACCGUGGCUGUACCUGGUACUCGUCGCCCAGGAUUUCCCACGAAGCGAACAGGAGUACAACCAUCUCCGUUGGACCGUGGCGCAACAGAUCACGUCGAUUCCAUUUCCUCUGCAUCAACUAACAGUCGGGCUGAUACACUGAAUGGAUCCUCGGCCAAUACACUUAAUUCGGAUGCAACACACAAACGUCUUAACACUCCGCAAACCCCAAAGAAGGUCAACGAGUUUACUUUACCCAAUGAUGUUCCCAGUGUAGCCGGGAGUAACACGUCUGGCCCAGCGGAGGAUAGUCGAAACUCUCCCCGAUUGAGAUUGCCAACAACGGCAAUUUCACCUGUCGCAUCUGCCACUACUCCUAGUUCGCUGACGCGAGAUCCAAUGACGCAGUGGUCAAUGCGUUUGCGCGUGUCGGGCUCAACAGAAAAGCCACGAACAGAUGAGCAUCAGCCUACCACUACCCCCGGUGCAUCAAAAACUUUGCCGAUGGAGAAAAGUACAGCAAUAGCCGGAACUGGAUCUAAUACCGCAACGCCUAUGAGUGAUAGCCCAACCGUGCUAACUUCAGCAAAACCUUACUCUACCCCUUCUACCAAGCCGGGCCAAUUCUUCCGACGUCUCACUUCACGAAUCUCCAGAAGUCAUACACACGGUCGGACAGACGAAGUCAAGAGGCGUGAUGAAACGGAGUCACAAUCAGCUGAUCAUCCGGUUGCUGGCGCUCAGUCAGAUGUCAGUGAGUCUCACACAGGGAUUCGCUUGGCCACAGAUUCGAGUCGCACUGGGUCAACCGGUGAUCUGAUCGUUUCACACCCGGUCGAUCCCUGGACCACGCGUCAACGACAACGCAGACCCAAAUCAUCCGCAGCCACAAACAAGCAUGCGACUAUCUCAAUCACUUCAUCGACCCACGAUCCGGAUUCACACUCGAGUGGAACAGAUGCACGAAACGGGUACCAGGGCGAGAGCGCUGACGAUGCCACCCUGAAUGCCCGAGAAAAUGAGCCAUUUAUCCCGCGUAAGCAUCCCACGCGGCAUCCGCUCCCCAGCACAUCUUCGACAGGUCGCUGA